CCUGAGCUCAGACCAUCAGACCCUCAGCAGAGUCCGGAUCAGUGAGUCUCUCUCAAACCAUCAGACCCUCAGCAGAGUCCAGAUCAGUGAGUCCCUCUCAGACCACCAUGAAGUCUUUUGCUGUCUUUCUGUCUCUGGUUCCGGUGCUCUGGCUCCUCUCGGUCCGGGUCUCGGCGAGUCCAGGCUGUGGACCGUGUGACCCGGCUCAGUGCGCGUCCCUCCCGGCGGAGGGCUGCCCCGCCGGGUCCCUGCUGGACUCCUGCGGCUGCUGCUCCGUGUGCGCCGCCGCGGAGGGAGAGCUGUGCGGCGGUCGCCGCGCGGCAGCGCACCGCUGCGGCGCCGGGCUGGAGUGCGUCAAAACCGACGCGGACAAGAAGAACAAGAUGGGAAUCUGCGUCUGUAAGAGCAACUAUGAAGUGUGCGGCACCGACGGAGAGACGUACAGGAACGGCUGCGCACUGAAGAGCGCCAACCUGAAGGCCGAGAGGGACGGCAAAGAGCCAAUCAACGUCCAGAACAAGGGACGCUGCGCUACAGCUCCGCUGAUCGUCACUCCUCCAGGUGAGGUGUUCAAUGUGAGCGGCUCUCAGGUGUUUCUGAGCUGUGAGGCGGUGGGCGUGCCGACACCCGUCCUCACCUGGAAGAAGGUUCUUAAUGGGGGGAAGCAGAAGAUGGAACUUCUUCCUGGAGACAGAGACAACCUGGCGAUUCAGACCAGAGGAGGACCCGAGAAACAUGAAGUAACCGGCUGGGUGCUGAUCUCGCCGCUCACCAAAGACGAGGAAGGUUCCUAUGAGUGUCACGCCACCAACUCCAAAGGCCAGGCGUCAGCUGUCGGAGCCAUUCACGUGGUCGAGUCCAUUGAUGACAUCAUCGUCAAGAAAGUGACGAAGGACGACGAGCUGUGAUCAGCUGAUCAGAAGAUCAUCACUUGAAUCUCAUCUGAAGAUGUUUUAACUGUCAGUGAAAUGAUCUUUUUAUUUCUUAUUCUGUCCGAGUUUGUUUCUUUUCCGAUUCAAGCAGAUUUAAUAGAUUCAGAUUAAUCUUUUCUUUCUUUUUUGAAUUAAAUUUUUCAUUUUAAUGUUUUUUUUUAUCACAUUUUUUAAAUCUUCGCUGAUCUCAGAGCAGCAGAGUUCAACUGGAAUCAGUUGAGCUUUAUUUUGGAAAGAUUUCAAUCCAGUUUGAGGAUUAAACCAUUGAUGGCAGUCAACGUCGCAACGGCACUGAUGCCGGUCACCGUAGCAACGGAUGCCGGUCACCGUGGCAACGGCACUGAUGCGGAUCUAAAUAUUAAACUCUGAUUAAAGUGAACUUGUCUCUGGAACAUCUGAUGUUUGUCAUUAAAUGUUGACCGUAAUAAUCAAAUAUAUCUGCUGUUUAACUGCAGCUUCUACUUUUUCUGUUUGUAUUUUUACUGCAGAAUCAAUAAAGACUUAAAUGUGAA